UGUAUGAGAGGCGGACAGGGAGCUGGCAGUUCUUACAUUCUGUGGUUUAUGUUCCAAACGAACCGAGCUGCGCCCAUAGGCAAGGCACCAGCCCUGUUUGGAGAACAGGGAUUUUUUUUUUCUUUAGGAAACAAGACUUCUGACUCAUGACUAAUCCUGUGUAGGGAGAUUUGGACAGUUACCAUGUUUAAUUUGAUAAAGAAAGACAAGGAGAAGGAAGGGGGCAGGAAAGAGAAGAAAGAGAAGAAGGAGAGAAUGUCUGCGGCAGAGCUGCGCAGCCUGGAGGAGAUGAGCAUGAGGCGGGGUUUUUUCAAUCUUAAGAGGGAGGCUAAGCGGGAAUCCAAGAACAAAGUGGAGAUCUCCAAUCCCAUUCCUAUCAAAGUGGCCAGCACCAAUGAGCUGUCCCUCACCGACAUUGAGUCGGAUGAGUUCAGCAACCGAAGCAGCAUGGUCUUGGAUGAUCAGAUCAGUGUGGCCAGCUCCACUGAUGACUUGAAAGGAGAGGGAGGAGGUCAGGAUGGACAUCGCAGCUCUGUUCGGGACCGUGUGGCUCACUUCGGUUCUCUUGCCAAGCAGAACUCCUCACAGAUGGGGCAGAUGAUGAAACGUUUCUCCUUCUCCCAGAGGAGCAAGGAGGAGAGCCCGUCAGAGGGCUCCACUCCUUCUGGACAGAACUCUGCUGCUCCAUCACCGCAGGUCGAGAGCAAAGUGUUCAACAUGCUUCGCAAGCACAGCCAUAGAGUUCAACCAGAGGCGGCAGACACUAAAAAAGUUUUCAUCCCUGAACUGGUUGAUAAGAUUUUUCCUGCACCCUUGCCGCUACCUACUGUGGUUGCACCAAGUGCCCCUGAAACGCGGGAGCUGGAGCUUCAGAGGCGCAACACUGGUGACUUUGGGUUCUCUUUGCGCCGAACCACUAUGCUAGAUCGCAGCCCUGAUGGAGGGGUCUACAGACGAGUGGUCCACUUCGCCGAGCCUGGUGCUGGUACUAAGGACUUGGCGCUCGGACUUGUGCCUGGCGACAGGCUGGUGGAGAUAAAUGGACGGAAUGUGGAGAGCAAGAGCCGUGACGAGAUAGUUGAGAUGAUCCGUCAGUCCGGAGACACAGUGAGGCUGAAGGUCCAACCCAUCCUGGAGCUGAGCGAGUUGAGCCGCUGCUGGCUGAGGAACAUCGAGGGGCUUCGCAGAGAGGCCCGACACGUGAAGACAGAGGAGCAGAUUACAGCAGAGCAGGCCUGGUACGGAUCAGAGAAGGUCUGGCUUGUUCACAAAGAGGGCUUCUCUCUUGCCACUGUGCUGAAGACAGAGUGUGGCUCACUCCCUGAGGGAAAGGUGAAGAUCAAGCUGGAGAAUGAUGGAACUAUACUGGAUGUGGAUGAGGACGACAUAGAAAAGGCCAAUCCACCAACAUAUGAUCGCUCAGAGGACCUGGCUUCGCUCGUUUACCUAAAUGAGUCCAGCAUGAUGCACUGCCUGAGGCAGCGCUAUGGAGGAAACCUCAUCCACUCCUUUGCUGGACCCAACAUGGUCGUUAUCAACCCUCUCAGUACACCGUCUAUGUAUUCUGAGAAGGUCAUGCACAUGUUCAAAGGCUGUCGGAGGGAGGACACUGCCCCUCACAUCUAUGCUGUGGCCCAGUCAGCCUACCGCAACCUGCUCACUACCCAGCAGGAUCAGUCCAUUGUGCUUCUGGGGAAGUCUGGCAGCGGUAAAACCACCAACUGCCAGCAUCUGGUCCAGUACCUGGUCUCUAUAGCUGGAAGCACGGGCAAGAUCUUCUCUGCUGAGAAGUGGCAGGCGGUCUACACAAUACUAGAGGCCUUUGGCAACUGCUCCACAACCAUGAACAUGAACGCCAGCCGCUUCUCUCAUGUUGUGUCCCUGGACUUUGAUCAGGCUGGACAGGUGGCUUCUGCCUCCAUCCAGACCAUGCUGCUGGACAAACUGAGGGUGAGCAGAAGACCUGAAGCAGAGUCUACCUUCAAUGUGUUUUACUAUGUGAUGGCUGGAGCUGACAGCACUCUGAGAACCGAGUUGCACCUUAACCAGCUGAAUGAAAGCAGUGCUUUUGGGAUUCACUCACAUUCCAAGACUGAAGACAAGCAGAGGGCCGUGCAGCAGUUCACCAAGCUGCAGGCGGCUAUGAAGGUGCUGGGCAUUUCUGUGGAGGAACAGAGGGCUCUCUGGCUUAUUCUGGGAGCCAUUUAUCACUUAGGGGCCGCAGGAGCCACUAAAGCAGGACGCAGGCAGUUUGCCCACCAUGAAUGGGCUCAAAAGGCAGCCUAUCUACUGGGCUGCACCCUGGAUGAGCUGUCCUCUCUGAUCUUUAAGAACCAGACCCGGGGAAUGCAGCCGCUGUUCAGAGGGGGCCCGGAUGAUGCUGGUACAGGCGACAACUUAGGCUCUAAAUUCACAGCUCUGGAAUGUUUGGAGUCCAUGGCAUCAGGACUGUACUCAGAGGUCUUCACAGUGGUCAUCUCUCUCAUAAACAGGGCUCUGAAGUCCAGCCAGCACUCCCUCUGCUCCAUUCUGAUCGUGGACACGCCGGGUUUCCAGAACCCUCGCCUAGCUCAGCAGCAAAGAGGAGCUACAUUUGAGGAGCUCUGCCAUAACUACACCCAGGAGAGGCUGCAGACUCUGUUUCAUGAACGGACUUUUGUCCAGGAAUUGGAAAGAUAUAAGGAGGAAAACAUAGAGCUUGUUUUAGAUGACGUAGAGUCCAGUUCCUCCCUGUCUAUAGCUGCUAUUGAUCAAGCCCCUCCACAAGCUCUGGUUCGUUCUCUGGCCCGAAUGGAAGAGGCUCGAGGCCUUUUGUGGCUGAUGGAGGAGGAGGGGGUUAAACCUGGAGGAUCAGAGGAGCUCAUGCUGGAGAGACUCUUUAGCUACUUUAGUUCUGGUCUGGGAGAAAACAAAGAAGCCAGUCUGUUACUGCGAGGGGAGAAGUCUCACCUUUUCCUUCUGGGCCACAGCCAUGGAACGGACUGGGUGGAGUACAACGUUCAGGGCUGGCUGGGCCAUGCUAAGAACAAUCCUGCAGCCCAGAGUGCUGCCACUCUGCUCCAAGACUCUCAGAAGAAGAACAUCAGUGGUCUGUUCCUGGGCCGGUCCAGCGGGGCCACAGUGCUGUCGGGCUCCAUCGCUGGCCUGGAGGGCAGCUCUCAGCUAGCUCUGCGCCGCGCCACCAGCAUGAGGAAAACUUUCACCACAGGAGUCGCUGCUGUCAAGAAGAAGAGUCACUGCAUCCAGGUCAAACUCCAAGUGGAUGCCUUGAUUGACAUGGUGCGCCGUUCCAAGGUCCACUUCGUUCAUUGUCUGCUGCCCAAAGCAGAGUCAGUGGCGGGCAGCGACCCCCGUGCUCCCCAUGGAGAGAGCUCUGAUUCGGGGCUGAUGACUUUAGAUGUGGGCCUCCUGAGAGCUCAGCUCAGGGGCUCCAAGCUGCUAGAUGCCCUGCGCAUCUACAGGCAAGGUUACCCAGACCACAUGGUGUUCUCAGAGUUCCGCAGACGCUUCGAUGUUCUAGCGCCACAUCUGACCAAAAAACAUGGCCGCAACGACAUAGUCCCAGAUGAGAAGAGAGCGGUGCAGGAGCUGCUGGAGUCCCUGGAGCUGGAGAAGAGCAGCUAUCACCUGGGGCUAAGCAAGGUGUUUUUCCGAGCUGGGACUUUGUCCAUGCUUGAGGAGCAGCGUGAUGUCCAGACCAGGAGGAACAUCUCUCUGUUCCAGGCUGCAUGCAGGGGGUACCUGGCCAGACAGGCAUUCAAAAAGAGAAAGAUCCAGGAUCUUGCCAUCCGGUGCAUCCAGAAGAACAUCAAGAAGAACCGUGGUGUGAAGGGCUGGCCAUGGUGGAAGCUCUUCACCACUGUUAGACCUCUGAUAGAGGUGCAGCUCACCGAGGAGCAGAUUCGUGGAAAGGAUGAGGAGAUUCAGCAGCUGAAACAGAAGCUGGAGAAGAUGGAGAAGGAGAGGAACGAGCUGAGGCUGAACAGUGACCGACUAGAGAGCAGGAUGACAGAGCUGUCCACAGAGCUUACUGAUGAGCGGAACACGGCCGAGUCGGCCUCCCAGCUGCUGGAGGCAGAGACCUCCGAGAGGCUCCGCUUGGAGAAGGACAUGAAGGACCUGCAGGCUAAGUUUGACAGCAUGAAGAAACAGACGGAGUCCAUGGAGAUGGAGGUGAUGGAGGCUCGGCUCAUCAGAGCUUCUGAACUCAACGGAGAAAUGGAUGACGACGACUCAGGAGGAGAGUGGAGGUUAAAGUAUGAGCGAGCCAUCAGGGAGAUCGAGUUCACCAAGAAAAGACUGCAGCAGGAGUUUGAUGACAAGCUGGAGGUUGAACAACAGAACAAGCGUCAGCUGGAGAGAAGGAUCAGUGACCUGCAGGCUGAUAACGAAGAGUCUCAGCGAAACAUUCAGCAGUUAAAGAAAAAGAAUCAGCGGCUGGUAGCUGAGCUGCAGGACACCAAGCUUCACCUGGAGGGCCAGCAGAGCCGCAACCACGACCUGGAGAAGAAGCAGAGGAAGUUUGAUGGUGAGCUGAGUGCAGCUCAGGACGAAGUGCAGAGGGAGAGGAGCCUGAGGGAGAAGCUGGCCCGGGAGAAGGACAUGCAGAGUGGGGAGGCCUUCAGCCUCAGACAGCAGCUGGAGGACAAGGACCUUGAAUUGCGUACAGUGAAUUUGAAGCUGGAUCAGGUGGAAGCAGAGCUGCAGGAUCUUAACUCCCAGGAAUCAAAGGAUGAAGCAUCUCUUGCUAAGCUGAAGAAGCAGCUUCGCGACAUGGAAGCCAAGAUCAAGGACCAGGAGGAGGAGCUGGAUGAGCAAGCUGGCACCAUCCAGAUGCUGGAGCAGGCCAAGCUGCGACUGGAGAUGGAGAUGGAACGUUUGCGUCAAACACAUUUUAAGGAGAUCGAAAGCAAGGAUGAUGAGGUGGAAGAGAUCAGGCAGUCAUGCAGUAAGAAGUUGAAGCAAAUAGAGGUCCAGCUUGAAGAAGAGUAUGAUGAAAAGCAGAAGGUGCUGAAGGAGAAGAGAGAGCUGGAGGCGAAGCUUCUGUCAGCACAGAGCAAGGUGACAAACUGUGACAUAGACACUGAGAAACGCCUGAAGAAGGACCUGAAGAGGACCAAAGCCCUGCUGGCUGAUGCCCAGAUCAUGUUGGACCACAUAAAGAACAACGCACCCAGCAAGAGAGAGAUUGCUCAGCUGAAAAACCAGCUGGAGGAGUCCGAGUUCACCUGUGCUGCUGCAGUCAAAGCUCGAAAAUCCAUGGAGGUGGAGAUAGAAGACCUGCAUGUUCAGAUGGAGGAGAUCUCUAAAGCCAAGCAGAUGCUGGAAGAACAGCAGAGCCGUCUUCAGAGAGAGAAGAAUGACCUGCAGUCCAGGAUGGAGGAGGAUCAGGAGGACCUCAACGAGCUGAUGAAGAAACACAAGGCUGCUGUGUCCCAGUUGGCUCAGAACUUGGCUCAAAUGAAUGACUUGCAGUCUCAGCUGGAGGAGGCCCUCAAGGAGAAACAGGAGGUUCAGGAAAAGAUGCAGGUCCUCCAGAGCCAGCUGGAGUUCCAGGAGCAGUCCAUGGUGGAGAAAUCUCUGGCCAAUCGUCAGGAGGCCAAGAUCCGAGAACUGGAGACCAAGAUGGAGUUUGAGAAGUCGCAGGUCAAACGGUUGGAGAAUCUUGUAGCUCGUCUGAAGGAGAAUGUGGAGAAGGUGACAGAAGAGCGAGACCAGCGCAUCAGCAGCGAGAAUCGUGAGAAGGAGCAAAAUAAGCGGCUGCAGAGACAGAUCCGAGACAUUAAAGAGGAAAUGGGGGAGCUGGCCAAAAAAGAAGCAGAGGCAAGCCACAAGAAACACGAGCUGGAGAUGGACAUUGAGAGCCUAGAGGCGUCAAACCAGAGCCUGCAGGCAGACCUUAAGCUGGCCUUCAAAAGGAUAGGUGACCUGCAGGCGGCCAUUGAGGACGAGAUGGAGAGUGAUGACAACGAAGACCUUAUAAACAGUUUGCAGGAUAUGGUGGCAAAGUACCAGAAAAGAAGGAACCGAAUUCAGGGACACUCAGACACAGACUCUGAAGUGGAGGACCGUGUGGAUGGAGUGAAGUCCUGGUUGUCCAAAAAUGAUAGCACUAUCAAGAACCUGUCAGAUGAGGACAGAUGUGCUGUAAAAACCGACUUAAAGGGAGGAAAAGAGUGGAAAGAGGCUAAGGAGAAACAUAAAGGGCAGAGAGAACUACAGACAAUCAGGCCGGUGCCUGUUGUGGCCUCUCUGAGUUAUAGAAUGAAACCUGACCUGGAUUUCAUCGUAGACAAAAGUCCCUCCUUCCUCUGGUCUACUAAGAAGAAAGCAGAGUCAGGCGACGUCCAAAGCAGAUGCAAAACUGAGCUGUUAAACCAGAAAUGUCAUGUUGGCCCUUAUUUAGCCUCUUCCAGGAAACCUCCUCUUUCACUGGAUAGCCAGUCAGCCAUCUCUCAGGCUGGCUCAGAGGCUAACGGAUCAUCCUCCACCCAUCCUGAGAUAAACCUGAGGAAUAAGGUUCAUCCUGGCAGCAGCUUGGGGCUGACAGGCCUAUACACACACCGCCAAAGCAUCUCUGGUACAGACGGGGCCAGCAGCAGCAGGUGUCCUCCCAAUAGGAGAUCAAGAAGUCAAAGUCCUGGAAUUGUUGGCCAACUUGAUUCCCAGGUAUUCCUAGUUGGUAGCAGUCACCUCGGUGACGGUGGCAUUGACCUAGAUGACAGUAGAAGUGUGGUCUUAACUGAGCAGUCCAUGUUCGGUCCUCUGUCUUCCAUUGGUCGCAGUUUAUCAGUGCCUCCACCCAGAGACAGGCCCACUUCUGCUGAUCUGCCAUUUGAUACCCUGGACAUUCGGCCGGUCAGCCGUCAGAACUAUCUUGACCCUGACUUGGAGAAAGCCAUCAAUGAAGUGCUGAGUUAUAAACCGAUAAAAUUCAAGCGCAGGAGCUUGGAAGACUCUGAAGAUGAAAGAACCAAGAGUAAUGAAUAUGAGAGCCAAAAGAUGGAGAACAGAGAGAGGAUGUGUCCCACCAGAGGUGUUAGAUGUUCUGAAUCUGCUGUGGAUUGCAGGAGAUCAUCCUCCCAUACCGGCAGCCGCCACCAUGUCAGCAAGAGCAAAAGAAAGGGCAAGAAAAAGAGAAGUCACAGCUCUGAGUCCGACAGUUCUGGAGAUGAUCCUGUUGAAGGGAGCGACUCUAAAAGACGGGUCAAAAAGUCCCAAAAAAAGUCCAAGAAAAAAGAGAAACGUCCAUCAUCGUCAGUAUCUCCUGAAUCAGAUUCGGAGUCAAACUUUACAUCAACUUCUGAUGCGUCUACCAUUUCCUACUGGAGUUGCAGUAGAGUGAAAACAGCCGUGGGUAGAUCGGUUCCCAGUCCAGAUGAGGAGGAGACUCUGCCACUGAACAAGAAGCAGCCGAGCAGUAAGAAGAAUGAGAAACAAAGGAAGAAGAAGGUGAACCGUCUGAUGAUGAAGUACUUGUACCGGACAGAGAGUGACUGAGGCAGACA